AUGCGCGACGUGGGGUCCGAGAGGCCCCAGAGCAGCCAGGAGCUGGAGAUGGUGGAGAGCCUGCUGAAGAGCAGACCAGAGGAGCCCGAGGGCUGCUGGGAGACACGCAGUGCGGGGACCGGGGGCCCACGGGGCAGCUCGAGCCGCCAGGAGCGCAGCCGGCUGCCCUGGGAGGACACAGCUGCCAUGGAGGAGGAGGCCUCCAAGUUGACGGCCCUACGACUGCGGCUGGAUGAGUCCCAGAAGGUGCUGCUCAAGGAACGAGAGGAUAAACUGGCAUUGAGCAGGAACAUUGAGAAGCUGGAGGGGGAACUCAGCCAGUGGAAGAUCAAGUAUGAGGAGCUGAGCAAGACCAAGCAGGAGAUGCUCAAGCAACUCAGCAUCCUGAAGGAGGCUCACCAGGACGAGCUGGGCCGCAUGUCCGAAGACCUGGAGGACGAGCUGGGGGCGAGGUCCAGCAUGGACAGGAAGAUGGCUGAGCUGAGGGGCGAGAUGGAGCGGCUGCAGGCGGAGAACGCAGCCGAGUGGGGUCGCCGCGAGCGGCUGGAGACCGAGAAGCUGGGCCUGGAGCGGGAGAACAAGAAGCUGCGGGCGCAGGUCGGGGACCUGGAGGAGGCCCUGGCCCGCCGGCGGCGCCAGACAGCCAGCGCCCUGGACUGCGACCUGCGGGCCAGCCAGGCGGCACUCUUUGAGAAGAACAAGGAGCUGGCAGACCUGAAGCACGUGCAUGGCAAGCUGAAGAAACAGUUCCAGGAGAAGGUGGCAGAGUUGGCACAUGCCAACCGGCGGGUGGAGCAGCACGAGGCGGAGGUGAAGAAGCUGCGGCUGCGGGUGGAGGAGCUCAAGAAGGAGCUGGCCCAGGCUGAGGACGAGCUGGACGAGGCCCACAACCAGGCACGGAAGCUGCAGCGGUCGCUGGACGAGCAGACGGAGCAGAGCGAGAACCUGCAGGUGCAGCUAGAGCACGUGCAGUCCAGGCUCCGCAGGCAGCAGCAGAAUGCCCCCCUCUUCGGGAAGAUCCGCAGCGCUCGCUUUGGCCCUGAGGAGGCCGGGGAUGGAGCCAGCGACCUGGACGAGGACGAGGACCUACAGAUCCAGGUGGCCUAGAGCUCCAGGGCUGGCAGGACUGGCCCAAGGCCACAGCCCCCCUGGGUGCUCGGGCUGACCGGCCACUCACUGAUGCAGCUGCCUGUCCUCACCCUGGGAGCACCCCUACCAAGGGAAGCCACGGCCUAUGUUUAUAUAUAUAGAUAUAUUUUUAUAUAUAUGCCUGGUGCUAUAAACACAAUACCGCCCCAAGGCCUGGUCUAGGCUCCCCCACCUGCCAGGACUUUCAUGGAGGGGGGAUGGGGUGUCAAGAGAGGGUCGUUGGGUUCCCAACCCAGGCUGCCUCUCUGAGCCUUGGGGGCUGGGCGGGAGCUGUUCAUAGUACAAUGUGAUAAACCCAGUCUUUUGUAAUAAUAAAUGAG